AUGUCCUUUCCAUAUAUAAAACCAGUUGCAGUCACACAGGUGGUUGUCCUCGUAAUCUUAUAUGGUCAAUCUGUUGGAAGUGGUCCGACCAUUGAUCUUGCUUCCCGGUUGCCAGACUUGCGAGCUGUGGUUUUGCAUAGUCCUAUUUUAUCUGGACUAAGAGUAAUAUAUCCUGUAAAGCGGACGUUUUGGUUUGACAUUUACAAGAACAUCGAUAAAAUUGGCUUGGUAAAUUGUCCGGUGCUUGUCAUUCAUGGUACAUCAGAUGACGUGGUUGACUGCUCCCACGGAAAACAGCUAUGGGAGCAUUGCAAAGUAAAAUAUUCUCCACUGUGGUUAAGUAGUGGUGGCCACUGCAAUCUCGAGCUAUAUCCAGAUUACAUUAAGCACUUGAAGAAGUUUGUGUCAAGCGUUAGCAAAAAAGCAUCAUCAAAACCUGACCCAAAAGAAACAACGUCAAAGGAUGACACUACCAGUAAAGAAAUAGAGGAAGCGUACCCGGAGAAACCUCAAGAGGCCAAGAAGUGCCCGCAGAUCUCGCGAAAGAGCCUGGACAGCCGAUUCGGGAAAUCCAAAACAGUGGAUGUUCCUGAUAAACUGCGGAUGAGCUCGGACGACAUCGACAAGUUCCGGAGGAGCAGAUGCUUGGUGUGGUGAUGCCUGUGUUCUGCAACAAAUUGUCGAACAGUACCUGAGCGAGGAUACUAUAGCAUGGAAGUCAAGCAACUGUAUUACAUCGUGCUACGAGGAACGACAUCAGCGGUUCCUGCAGCGGAGAGGAAGGGACUGUUAAAUAAGAAAAAAAGAACCAGGAAGCUACCGUCAGCAUCCAUCAAAGACACAGCUACUUGACUGAAAACUGGUAAUUCCUCAGUUAAUUUAGCACUUACACCGACAACAUGUUUUGCAGCAUCGGUUAGGGUUUCCAUAUUGUAAAAGUGUACCGUUAUUGUCUGUAAUCACGAGGGACCAAUACAAACAUUUGCAGAGUCUGAAAGCCUUAACGGAAUCA